CUUGAUUGUAAUAGAUCUAAAGUCUGUUUUUUUUUUUAAAGAUAAUUCCCCAAGUCAAAAAUUUAGUAACUAUGUUGGCAACACAAGCCUUUUCUACACAAAAAUUUUGAAAGCAUUGACAAUUUUUCAUUGUAUUGCCAACAUAAUGUCAGUUUGACUUUUAUCUUUAAAAAAAAAAAACAGAUUUUAUUACGAUUGUAAUAGGGGUGGCAACACUGAAUGAAAUACGCUAUCAGUGUCGCCAGACUGAAGACUCGGGACUUUCCCGGAAAUGGGCGUAUCGUCCCUGACCACAAAAUAAACCAAGUAGAAUCCGCGCGGAGCAGAGCAGGAGCAUUCAAUGAUUGAGCGCGCGUUGCUUAGCCUAGACCAAUCAUCAAAUAGUCCAAACAAUAAAACGUUAAUUCUCUUCAUCGAUAAAUAUAAAGGCACAAUGUCUGAUGAAUUUACAGAAUCCGCAUUCGCUGACAAAUUGUUACGCUUGGAUAACUCCUCGAAAAGCAUCCAGAGUUUAUCCGAAUGGGUAAUCACCCAUCAGGAACACUACACCAGUGUUGUUAAAGUAUGGGUGAGGGAAAUUAUCAAAGCCCAAGAACAUCGUCGAAUAACAUUGUUGUUCUUCGCCAAUGACGUGAUCCAAAGCAGUAGGAAGACAGGUCGUAAGUACUGCUAUGAAUUUGGUCGCGACCUGGAAACCGUUUUUAAACAUAUGAGCAAUUCGGACGAAAAAACUAAAAAUGAGGUUGGGAGAUUGUUGAGCAUUUGGCGUGAAAGGGAAAUUUAUGGCGAGCUCCAGAUAAGCCUGUUUCAAAGAGCGCUUGUCAUGGGCUUCAAAGAUCCACUAACUUUUCUAAAAGCUAGAGCAGCUAGAACUACAAGCCAGUCCAAACUUGAAGAACGAAUCCCUGUUGAGGUUGAUGAAAGCUUGGAAACUCAAGUCCGUCCCCACAAUGUCUCAGAAUGUUCAAAAAUGAUACAGGCUUUAAAAGACUUUGAAGCAAAUAAAAAGUCCGAUUCUGUCGGAUGUGCGACAAAAAUCGCAAUUUUAAACAGAAAAAUUCCUGAUGCCGCAACUAUUAACGGCAUACGAGAUAGGGACAAGGCUGAAAUUUUGGUGAAGGAAAUUCAUGAUGUUGCCACAAAAUUGAGACAGUACGAGACAAGUUCAGAUUUUGAUACACGGCAGAGGAUAAAGUUGGUGAAUAUAGUUAACGAGUUUUUGCAGGUACAAAAAGAUCUGAUAUCGCAAGGAGAAAAUGCCAAACAGCAAUAUGCAGAAAAAUUGUCAGAGGUUACCAGGGUAGAGCAAAAGUUAGAAGCCCAUAUGCAGAGUUUGCCAAAGAUCAUCCAUACUCCUGAUGAUGGAAUGGAAAGUUUUAUGCAAUAAAACAAUAUCUAAUCUCACAUAAAAUUAAGAAAUAAGGUCUUUUUUCCAUGUUAUUUUUCCUAGAUAUCGUUAUGAAUUUCCUAAUAUGUGUUCAAAAAUCUUAAUAUU